UGCGACAACCAGUCCGGCUUCCAGUCCUCUCUGCUUCUCCUCACAGCUGUUUUCCAGCCUGCCAAGCAGACACCUGCAACAAACACAACAAUGGAUUUCUCUGACCAGAGAGAAAUGGCCAAACAGCCGGCCGACGCCAGCGCUCCCACCGGCUACGUCCCGGCGCAGCAGCCCGACGGAGCUGCGGGAUUUACAGCAAGCAAACCGGACAACAACGCGGCUGCGUGCACGCCGCCGCCCCCCUCCCCCCACCCCCACCACCACCCGGCGCCGCCGCCCCCGUGCAACGAGGGCAAAACUUUUUCGAACACGGAAAAUAAACCGGGAGAGCUGGACAGCAGUAAAGCGUACGGGACGUUUAAGAACGCCGCGCCGGCGGCCCCCGGAGCCGCCGCGGCCGUCAACUCGGCGGCCCUCGGGAAGGAUUCCGUCGGUUCGGCCCGCGCAGGGUCCGCACAGUGCGGCGACCCGCUGCGGGCGGAGCAGCACAACGCCAACUGGACGGCUAUGAGCCAGACCACCAUCGUACUGGGGACAGAUGGGAACACGUCUGUGCAGCCCGUGGCCGCGGCGGGGGCUGAAGAUGAUGACGAUGAGGGAGAUGAGAAUAAGGCCAGAGGAAACUGGACCAAUAAGAUGGACUUUAUUCUGUCCAUGGUGGGCUACGCGGUGGGGCUGGGGAACGUGUGGAGGUUCCCUUAUCUCGCCUUCCGAAACGGUGGAGGAGCCUUUUUGAUCCCCUACCUGACAAUGCUGGGCAUCGCCGGCAUCCCAAUCUUUCUGAUGGAGGUGUCCCUGGGCCAGUUUGCCAGCCAGGGGCCCGUGUCAGUGUGGAAGUGCAUCCCAGCUCUGCAAGGUUGCGGGAUUGCCAUGUUGAUAAUAUCUGUCUUGAUAGCCAUAUACUAUAAUAUUAUAAUGUGCUGGACACUGUACUACCUGUUCGCUUCGUUGAAGGGCUCACUGCCAUGGGCUAACUGUAGGAAUGAGUGGAACACGGUGGAAUGUAAGGACAAAGACAUGCUGCUGUUAGACACCUGCAUACUGCGGGACAGAAACAUCACCUCCAUCAAGAACUCCUCUUUCUGUCUGUCCGCCAACACCGUGGGAAACCUGACCAAGCUGAUGAACAUGACCGUGGACAGCAACAAGACCUACGUCAGCCCCAGCGAGGAGUACUUCAAGUACAACGUGUUGCACAUCUCCAAAGGAAUCGAGUUCCCGGGAGACAUCCGCUGGCCUCUGGCGGGCUGCCUGCUGCUGGCCUGGAUCAUCGUCUACUGCUCUUUAGCCAAAGGAAUCAAGUCGUCAGGGAAGGUGGUGUAUUUCACAGCCACGUUUCCCUACGUGGUGCUGGUCAUCCUGCUGAUCAGAGGCAUCACCCUCCCCGGGGCCUUCGACGGCAUCCUCUACUUCAUCACGCCGAAGUGGGAGAAGCUGAGCGACGCAAAGGUGUGGAAAGACGCAGCCACUCAGAUCUUCUUCUCUCUGUCGGCGGCUUGGGGAGGCCUCAUCACUCUCUCUUCCUACAAUAAGUUCCACAAUAACUGCUACAGUGAUACUAUUAUUGUGACAUGUACAAACAGUGCCACCAGUAUAUUUGCCGGGUUUGUCAUCUUCUCCGUCAUCGGUUUCAUGGCACAUGAGUUGAAAGUGCCGAUAGAGGAUGUGGCAGAUGAAGGUCCAGGCAUAGCGUUCGUGGUGUAUCCAGAAGCUUUGACCAGACUUCCUCUGUCUCCUUUCUGGGCGAUCAUCUUCUUCCUCAUGCUCCUGACUCUUGGCCUGGAUACCAUGUUUGCCACCAUCGAGACCAUCAUAACCUCCGUGUCCGACGAGUUCCCCAAAUACUUGAGGAAGAACAAGCCCUUCUUCACCCUGAUCUGCUGCUGCUGCUUCUUCUUCCUUGGGUUUCCCAUGAUCACAGAGAACGGGAUGUUCAUGCUGCAGCUGGUGGACACGUUCGCAGCCUCCUACUCUUUGGUCAUCAUUGCGAUCUGCGAGCUGAUGGGGAUUUCCUACCUCUACGGUCUGCAGAGGUUUUGCGAAGACAUCGAAAUGAUGGUUGGUUUCCAGCCAAACCGAUUCUGGAGGGUCUGCUGGGCCUUUGUGACUCCGACCAUUCUGACGGGCAUCCUGGGACUGAGCCUGUACCAGUGGAAGGGGAUGACGUACGAGGACUACACCUACCCCACCUGGUCCAUGGUGAUGGGCUGGCUCAUGGUCAUCUGCUCCGUCAUCUGGAUCCCCAUCAUGUUCUUCAUUAAGAUGUACCUGGCGCCCGGCACCUUCAGUGAGCGCCUGAAGCUGGUCUGCUCCCCUCAGCCCGACUGGGGUCCGUUCCUGUUGAAGCACCGCGGAGAACGCUACAAGAACAUGACCGACCCUCUGGGAACCAACUCCCUGGGCCUCAAGCUGCCGCCCAAGGACUUCCAGCUCGACUCCUACCAGUAGCAGCACCGCGGUGCAGCACCGCACCCACCACCUUCCAACCCCUGCAGGGAGCACCGGGAGGAUGGGGGGGGGGGGGGUCAACCUCCACCUCUUGUUCUCCCCUCCUAUCCCUCCUCUUCCUCCUCCUCUCUCUUUCUCCCGUCCCUACUUCACCCUCUUUGCUUCCUGUCUUCCCCCUGUAUCGAGGAUAUGGAAACAGCCCCCCCCCCUUUUUUUCCACCUCUUCCUUCUCUUCUUCUUCACCACUUCCUCUCUUCUCUCUCACGACGGAGUGGAGUCUGCUCCUCCGCCGCUGCUGCUGCGUACUCGGUUAACGGGCUCUCAUUGCCCCCCCACACAUGACCACUGAUUACUUCAGAACCCUUCCUCGGGAUCUUUAUUCCAAGAGAAAAUGGUGUCAUAAAGUGACACAGCUCAGACUGCACUUGCAAUAUUAGACUCACCAUGGCUGCUCCCUAUGGAGUCGUGUGUUUUUGUGUGUGUGUGUGUGUGUUUUUGUGUGUGUGUGUGUGUGUGCCCUCAUAUUUGUGCGUAGAGAUAAUGAAUCAUCUCGGUGGGAGCAGACACAAGGAAGAAUAAAAAAAAAACUGAAAAUUGAGCGACAGAGAAGCAGCGGUUCAACGAGCUCGGCGGGGUGUUUUGUUCCAUCUGUGUAUAAAAAUUUCCAACGGCAAUACAAAUAAUAUCAACUGCCAUUGGGGGG